GGCUAGUUUUUUUGAGCACGAAACACAGGGCCUAUGGCAUGGGACUUCCGUUCAAUGUGAACAGGAACAGGAAGUUCCUCGCUACCUAAGACGGCGAAAUAAAAACAUCCUGUGGCGAUGCAAUUUGAUUUCGAGAAACCGAUAGAUCACACGCGCUGCGUGCGUGAGUCGAGGUCGUGGAUUUUAUAAUCGUUGAUAAAAGAACUUGGUUAUUUUUAUAACCCAUUUACGAUUUUGUUGGUCCAAGGUCGAACGUCAGAUACUAACACCUCGAAACGAGUCGCGUGCAGCUGCUUCCAACUAUUCAGGAAGAACCUACUACUUACUACUGUCACUGUUAUGGAUAAUCUCAUUUUAGAACUUGUCCACUCGAAGAAAACUGAGCACAAGACACAAAAAUGCAAACUGAAAGUAUAUCUACCCAUAAUAUUGAGGAUCUGGACACAGAUGCUCUCAUACCAGUGGAGAUAUUUUCUUGUGUUACUUCACGUGCAAGAUCCCAGGAUACCAUCUCGGUAGUAGAGCUUGGCAAGCAACUAUUAGUUAGUGCAAAAACUGGAGACAUCGAGACUGUCCGUGAGCUUAUGAGCAGAGGUGCACCGUUUAGUACCGAUUGGCUCGGUACAAGUGCACUCCAUUUAGCUGCACAAUAUAAUCAUAAAGAGAUAGCUGAGAUAUUACUCAGAGCUGGAAUGUCGAGAGAUGCUAAGACAAAAGUUGAUAGAACACCAUUACACAUGGCAGUGUAUGAGGGCCAUUGUCAGAUGGUACAGUUGCUACUAUUUCAUGGAGCAGAUGUUGAUAGCAGGGAUAUGUUGAGAAUGACUCCAUUGCAUUGGGCGGUAGAACGUGAACAUGUAAGGGUAAUACAUACUUUACUGGAAUAUGGGGCUGACCCAGCUGCAAUUAGUAAAUUUGGUAAAACACCAGUUAGUCUUGCGUUGGAGCAUGACAGGCUAGAUCUAGUGGAUAUAUUGCAACAAGAAAGGGAAAUAGUAGGUAUUAAAGCUCACCAGCAAAGUGAAGCCAAUUCUGCAGAAUUAGAAGCAGCUACACAUAAUUUAAUGCAAUUAGAAGCUGAUGAGAUAAAAGAUAAAUUGGAAUCAUUGGAGCAACUGUCUUCGCCUAAACAGAAACUUGUCCAUGCUCAGGGUGAGGGAAAGCCAAAAGUGAUCUUUCAACAGAUUCGUGUAUCUCCUAAUAGUAGCGAACAAGAAAAAGAAAUAAAUGAUAUUGAAAUGGUCGACACAAAUGAUAUUAUAAAUAGUAAAAAACAUAAAGACAUCACAUCAAUAGGAAACGUUAAUAAGCAGUUUAGAUUAUUAGAAGCGCAUGGAAUCAGAAUGAUACCUGUUGAUGAUGAAUCAUCUAUUGUAGAAAAUGCAAUGGAAAGUGGAAGAACGGUGGUUUUAACAGAAGCUGGAAAACUCGCUUUGAAUUCAACUAGAGGUUCGUUUAAUAUAAGACGAAUUCAAGUUUCUCCGCGGAAAGGAACAGCGAGAAAGGUCAUAAUUAAAUCGAAUCAAAUCAUAAGUCAAAAUUUACCUACCGUUACGUCACGAGCUCCAAAUAUCCUGAAGAAAUCUUCCAUAGAUAGUAAAGCUGGAAAAGUAUUCAUUACAACGGUUCCUACUACCACUACGGUACCUAUUGUCAAUGAAUCCAGCAAUUCUUUUUCAUCGAAUGAGAACAAAGCUGUAGUUUCUACAAAACUCGUAGAACCAAUAAUUUUAAAAUUAAACGACGAUAUAGAAGAAGUUACCGAAGAAGAUAACUUAGAAGACUCUAAGACCGCAACAGACAUAGCGGAAUUGACUAGGCAAUUAAUAGAGACGCAAAAACAAGCAGCUGAGUAUUUUAAGCAGUACAAGAAGAAGGAGAGGGAAGUGGAAAUAUAUAAACAGCAAAUCAAGAACCUCACGGCGCAAAAGAACAUCUAAAUAAUUUUAUACAAGUAAGAAUUUUAUAUUUAGUUUCAAAACUCACAAAUCGACUCUAUUUCUUUAUAUUAGAUGUUUCACACACAUACGCAUCUUAUUGUCGGAUUCUUAAGAAAAAUUCUAAUCAAAAUUUUUUUUUUGAGAUCUAAAUUUAUUUUGUUUCCACAAAUAUUAUGUGAUGUCUUUAUGUUUUUUACUGUUUAUAAUAUCAUUUGUAUCGACCAUCUCAAUAUCAUUCAUUUCUUUUUCUUGUUCCCUACUAUUAAGAGAUACACGAGCUUUGUAAAAAUUUGCCAUAUUGAUGACUAAUUUUAUGCAACAAAUAGGUGUAAGAGACCAAAAGUUCCCUACAAAAAAGGUUUUCUUUUAUAUGAUCAUUUCUUUAGUAGUAUGUAAAAUGAUAUAUAAAUUAAAUAAUUGAGUAAAAUUGAAGAGACAAAUCUAUAGAAGCUAAAGAAAUCUGUUGUCUGAUUAAUAAUAUAUAAAUACAAUUAUUUUGAUGUAUCAUGUAAAAUUAAUAAUUAAUUUGUUUUUUAACUAAAAGCAAUAUGUAUACUGUUAGUUCUUAUCAGAUCACACAUAUAUAUUACUGGUUAAUUUUCAAAACUAACUAAUUUUUUGAUUAUAUAAAAUUUCCGAUUCUAAAUGUAUUACAUGAUAACUGAUCGUUUACCUCGACGUAUACAUAUUCCGAGUAUAUUUAUACAAAAUAUGUCUCACUACUCCUCUCUUUGUAAUAAAUGUAAACGUAAAAAUUAAAUUUUGAUAUUAAAAUUUGAUAUAAAAUGUUAAGCGGCGAUGACCAAAGUAAUUAAGGCUGCAAGAAAAAAAAAAUGAAAAACAACAGAUAAUUAUUUUACUUCGAUUAUUCUAUCUAGAUGAGAAUAUUAAUUAUACCAGUUUUUUCAUGACAUUUAUCCAACACACGCAUGUCAGUCAUUUCUAUAUUCUAUGACGGGGUCAUUAAAUAGCAAUAGGGAAUGUGCGAAAAACAGCGGAGAUUAGUGCCGUUAAUAUUUAUGAACUAUUUACGGUCUAUUUUAUACAUAUUCUACUUUUUAUAUCGCAAAUUAUGCGUCUACGAUAACUGUUACGAUUGGUUACCAGACACCGAGAGAUAAAGGAUAUAGAGUACGUUUCAAGUUGUUGAAUCUAAUAUAAGAAGCCCAUGUAUAUAUUUAUAUAUGCAUAUAAACUCUUCAAAUUAUGUAUGAUCAACAUCACCGGAGUUACGUAUUGUUGUAUACAUCACGUAUCAAAGGUAAAGUCUUCAUUCUGUAUGCUUGUAAAUAGAACUUACAAUGUAGCAGAACUUCCGAUGAUGUAUGUAUGAGAUGAGACGCGCGUAAAGUAAAUUCGAUGCAUUGCUAUUACUUCGUAUUACUUCGUAUAUUUCACACGUUUUAAUACGAAAUGAUUGCAUUCCAAGUGACUUUCUCGGCAGCUGCUUCACAAUUGCAAUUUCAAUGCAAUUUCAGCGUCAGCUGUUGCGAAAGUACGAGGAAACGUGGAUUUUUGGUACUAUUUUGAUUUAAUCGGUUGUUGCUACGAUUGCUUAAUGAAAAUAGUGUUCAAAACACCAUCGGUCAGAAGUGCGAAAUGACUUUACAUAUAGCGAAUGUGAAGAGGAGAGUAGUUGAUGACUUCAGGUACAAAAGAGAAAACAAGGAGUUGUUUAAAACGGCACAAAGUUGUGGAGUGCAACGAAUUAUGUUAGAUAAUGUAGGUUAAGACAUUUUUUAGCGAUGUACAUUGUAAAUAUAACUUUAUACAUACGCCAAUAAAGAUUGUUGAUUACGAGUUACGAAAA